UAUAACUCAACACCCUUUUUCUAUUUCUCUCAAUUACUUCCCAAUUUGGAUAUAUAUCAAGAAAUAAUGGGUGUUCCUUCUCCUCUUCAAUCUUCACCACAUAUGGUGGCUUUUUUCUUUGUUAUAAGCUCUAUUUGGGCCUUUCCUAUGGCUGCAGCCAUCACCAGGCAUUACAACUUUGAUAUAAGACUGACAAAUGUUACGCGGUUGUGCCACACGAAGAGCAUCAUCUCAGUGAAUGGUGAAUUCCCAGGUCCUCGCAUCAUUGCUAGAGAGGGAGAUAGGCUUCUCAUUAAGGUGGUCAACCAUGUUCCAAACAACAUCUCCAUUCAUUGGCAUGGUAUUAGACAGUUUCGAAGUGGGUGGGCAGAUGGGCCAGCAUAUAUAACCCAAUGCCCCAUUCAAAGUGGUGAGAGUUAUGUGUACAAUUACACCAUAACUGGCCAAAGAGGAACUCUGUUUUGGCAUGCUCACAUCUCAUGGCUAAGAGCAACUGUAUAUGGACCCAUCAUUAUCCUCCCUACCCGCAACGAUUCUUACCCAUUUCCCAAACUCCACAAAGAAGUUCCAAUAAUUUUUGGUGAGUGGUGGAAUGCGGAUACAGAGGCUGUCAUCAACCAGGCUCUUCAGACCGGUGCGGGCCCAAAUGUCUCUGAUGCCUACACAAUCAAUGGACUCCCGGGCCCAUUGUACAAUUGUUCACAGAAGGACACUUUUAGACUAAAGGUGAAGCCAGGAAAGACCUAUCUCCUUCGUCUGAUCAACGCUGCACUCAACGAUGACCUCUUUUUCAGCAUAGCAAAUCACACCGUAACCGUAGUUGAAGCCGACGCCCUAUACGUGAAGCCAUUUGAGACUGACAUUAUACUAAUCACGCCGGGCCAAACCACCAACCUUCUCCUCAAGACAAAACCAAACUCCCCACCAAACGACACUAAAUUCCUCAUGCUAGCCAGACCCUACUCCACUGGCCUCGGAACUUUUGACAACACCACCGUAGCUGGAAUCCUCGAAUACGAAAACCUCUCCAACCACCACCACCACCACCAUCAUCAUAAUUCUACUAAUAAAAACCAAACAGUGCUUCUCAGACCAACUUUACCACAAAUAAACGACACGUCGUUUGCUGCAAACUUCAGCAGCAAACUCCGGAGUUUGGCCAACUCAAAGUACCCAGCGAAUGUUCCUAAAACCGUGGACAAGAGGUUUUUCUUCACGGUCGGACUAGGAACCAAUCCAUGUCCGAAAAACCAAACAUGUCAGGGACCAACGAACCGAACAAAGUUCGCAGCUUCAGUGAACAACGUAUCGUUUACUCUUCCUUCUACUGCUAUACUCCAAGCCCAUUUCUUUGGUAGAUCAAACGGUGUUUACACGACGGAUUUUCCGACCUUCCCUCUCAAGUUCUUCAACUUCACCGGAAUUUCACCGAACAGCACUAACAUUACUAAUGUUGGUAGUGGGACUAAGGUGGUGGUGCUGCCCUAUAAUACUAGUGUGGAGUUGGUUAUGCAGGACACUAGUCUUCUCGGCGCUGAGAGCCACCCUCUUCAUUUGCAUGGCCACAAUUUCUUUAUCGUUGGACAAGGUUUCGGUAAUUAUAAUUCGAAAACGGACCCCGCCAACUUCAACCUCGUCGACCCUGUCGAGAGAAACACCGUCGGUGUACCCUCCGGUGGUUGGGUCGCCAUCCGAUUCCUCGCAGAUAAUCCAGGGGUAUGGUUUAUGCAUUGCCACUUUGAAGUCCAUUUGAGUUGGGGUCUAAGGUUGGCGUGGGUAGUCCAAGAUGGGAAGCUCCCUAAUCAGAAGGUGCUUCCUCCACCGUCGGAUCUUCCCAAAUGUUGACCUUAAUUUGAAUGGUGACUACUGGAGGACCUGUUGAUUGAUAUAUAUAUAUAUAUUAUACAUAAUGAGCGGCAGCCUUUUCCCACUUCCAUUUUUUUUAACUUAUAAAUGUUUGAUUUUGUUUUCCCAUAUAUUCUCUUUUUUAGUAACAGAGUGAUUGUGAAUUUUUCUACUGCGAAAUCUUCUUCCAGAGUCCUCCAAUAUUAAAUUGGAAAAAAAAAGGAAUAAUAUUGAGGAGAGCUUGUGUUCUACCCGGCAUGAAUAUCAGAGCUAGCUGUUGUAAUUGCUAAAAUAAAUAUAAUAAACAUAUUCACGAAACAA